AUAUAUAUGUGUAACGCUUAUACUUGGAGAAAAAACUUUUACAAUACGAUACAUCGGAAUUGUGGUACAAUGACCGUGUGGCCUUCUUUUACAAUUCAUUAUGAUGAACUCAACAAUACAAAACAGAAAAUUCCGAAUGAAUUUAUAGAUUGGCCUGAAGAACCAUUGCCAGAAAAGGUGUGGCUUAUUGACGCAAAGGAAAACUAUUGGCUUGUAGCCGUGGAAAAAGUUGAGGAUGAGUGGUUUUUUACAAAGGGCUGGACUCACUUUGUCAAUGAAAAGAGGCUUCAAGAUGCAGACAUAUUGAUGUUCAAAUGUUCUACCAAAGGCUUUUUGGAUGUGAGAAUUUUCCGACCCUCAGUUGGAAACACUAUCUUUGAAGUUCUUCCUGAAGAGGAUUGCCAAAGUAAUGUUGGAAGUGUUUCAAAUAUUAACAAUGAUCAGGAUAAUGAUAAUGAUAAUCAUAAUGAUAAUGACAAUGGUAAUGAUAAUGAUAAUGGAGAUGAUCACUUUCAUGGUGAUAAUGGGGAGGAAGCAAGUCAUGGAUGCCCUUGUUUGAGGGAUGCUAGUGACUCUGAUAAUGCUCGAAUGGCGGAUGAAGAUGUUCAUAAUGUUCGACUGACAUCUGAAUAUAUUCAUAAUGUUCGAAUGGCAGCUGAAUAUGAUCGUGCUCAAAGGAAUAAAAAGAAUAAGAAGAAGAAAACCGGUACAAAGAUGGUGUGGCCUUCUUUUACAGUUUACUAUGAUGAACGCAGCUAUGCAAAACAGGAAAUUCCGAAUGAAUUUAUAAAUCAGCUGGAAGAACCAUUGCCAGAAAUGGUGUGGCUUCUUGACGUUAGGGAAAACAAUUGGCCUGUGGCGGUGGCAGCAGUUGAGGAUGAGUGGUUUUUUACGAAUGGCUGGACUCACUUUGUCAAUGAAAAGAUGCUUCAAGAUGAAGACAUGUUGGUGUUCAAAUGUUUUUCUAAAGGCUUUUUCGAUGUGAGAAUUUUCCGACCCUCAGUUGGAAACACUGUCAUUGAAGUUCUUCCUGAAGAGGAUUGCCAAUGUGACAAUGAUGAAAAUGUUGGAAGUGUUAUAAAUAUUGGCGAUGAUCAGGACAAUGAUAAUGAUAAUGAUUAUGACAAUGGUAAUGAUAAUGGAGACUAUCACUUUCAUUGUGAUAAGGGGGAGGAAACAAGUAAUGGAUCCCCUUGUUUGAGGUAUGCUAGUGACUCUAAUACUGUUCAAAUGGCGGAUGAAGAUGUUCAUAAUGUUCGAAUGGAAGCUGAAGAUGAUCGUGCUCAGAAGAAACAAAAAAAUAAGCGGAAGAAAACCGGUGGCAAUAAGCGUAGGAGUUCGAGAAAGCGAACGAGAGAACUGUUUACAGAGCGCUAUGGACUGGAUAUUUUUAAUGCUGGUCUAGCUACAUAUCCUCAAAAUCCUUACUUUAUUCCAAAAAUAACCGAGAAACGAAAGGGCAGCCUGUAUGUUCCAAGAGAUUUCGUGAGAGAUAAUGAAGCUAUAGAUUUUACCAAAGUGGGAAAAUUCUUCGAUCCGAAAGGAAGGUCAUAUUCUGCUAGGUACAACCCGUUGAAGGAUGGAACGAUUACAAUUGCUGGAGGAUGGAGAAAGCUAUGUGUCUUCAAUGAUGUCGAUGAUUCUUGUAAGUGUAUUUGCGAGUUCAUCAAGGAAGACGACAAAGUGGACAUUCAUGUUACCAUUGUUCAUGUCAAUAAUGACUGAGGCUAAGUUGGAGGGAGAACCCAUUGCUGAUCAUGUAAGAAGCUAGUAGCAUCCAAAACUAGCUGUGGUCUUAGCAUUAUUAUGCACAAGUUUUAUUUUGUUUGGACAUCGAAGAACUUGUUUUCGAUUGCUACAACUUUUGUGUGUUUGUUUGUUUGCUUGCUUAAAAGAUACUUUGUUUGGACAUCAAAAACUCUUUUAGAAUUCCUAUAACUUUUGUUUGUUUUG